CCAUAAACAGCCCAAAGCGUUUUCGUAUUUAUAAAACCCCUCAAUUUUGUUUGGCCACAAUUCUCCUCUCCCGCAUCGAAAAACCCUAGCCUUCUGAAGUAAUGGCUGACGCUAAUCCAGAUGUCGCGGUGGCACAACAGCCAAAAAAGAGGACAUUCAAGAAGUUCAGCUUCAAAGGCGUCGAUCUCGAUGCGCUCCUUGAUAUGCCAAUUGAUGAGCUCGUCAAGCUCUUGGGCGCUCGCCAAAGACGCAGGUUUCAGAGAGGUUUGAACAGGAAGCCAAUGGCUUUGAUCAAGAAGUUAAGGAAGGCCAAACUGGAAGCCCCUGCUGGUGAAAAGCCUGCCCUUGUCAGAACCCACCUCCGGAACAUGAUCAUCGUCCCUGAGAUGAUCGGAAGCGUCCUUGGAGUGUACAAUGGCAAGACCUUCAAUCCAGUUGAAAUCAAGCCUGAGAUGAUUGGCCACUACCUUGCAGAGUUCUCGAUUUCAUACAAGCCCGUCAAGCAUGGUAGGCCUGGUAUUGGUGCCACACAUUCGUCGAGGUUCAUUCCUCUGAAGUGAGGAUUCUGUUGGUGGAAGGAAGGAUGGUUUAGCUGUGAUCUUUCUUUCCUUUUCUUAGAGCAUGGUGAUACUUGAGUUUUGUUUGGUUAAGAUUUUAAGACUAUUUAUGCUAUUUUCCUCACAAAUUUACUGAACUGCAUAGCUUGUAAUCUUGACUGUGCCAAAGUAAUUCUUGGAAACGAUAUGGUUGCGAGCAUUA